AAAGCUAUCUACGAAUUUCCUUAUUGUCAUAAACGUAUCUCGUUGAGCCCAUCAAUUUCCUUAUUGUUGGAGAAGCCUUUCCAAGCCUCAUUUUUAAGCCUAAGGUAAAAGGACAAAGGCAAGGAGCUUUCCGUUUGGUUAAUGUUUACCGGGUUUUCCUUUUGGUUAAUUUACUUAGAGCCGGGUUUACAAAAAGCCGAAUGCAAUCUCACUGUCAAUAAGAUUUUGAUGACAAAAGAAGAAAGGAGUUGAGAAACCCAUUUUAGGCAAAAGAUAGAUUGGGGAAUGAUAAGACAGGAAGACACUUUUGGCUCUUUCAUUAUUUGAAGAAAUUUUAAUAACUUUUUAGAUCAAUCUUUUCCAUUGCAACAUCCAAACAUAUCCAGUACUUGCUUCUGCUCCACAAGUUAAUAAUCUCAUCUUUUUACUUAGAUAUGAUUCGCCUUAGCUCUUCAAGUAAGGUUGUGGCUAUUUUUUUAGGACCAAAAGAUUUAUCGCAAGUAUAUAAAGACACACAACUUCAAUGAGAUAGACUUAAGGAAAAACAUAUAAUAGUUUCUAACAUUUUCAGGAUUUAUCUAUACUCUUGAGAAUGGCAUCAUCAUCUGUUCCUGUGUACUUGAAAGAUGAAAAUCUGACACAAGAAACAAGAGAUCUACUUUCUUCUCUUCCAACCGAGAAAGGUUGGUUAGUCAGUCAAAUGUAUCAAUUCGAAGGAAUUUGGCAGACACAAGCUCUGGUACAAGGAAUCGUGAACUGCCAAAAACAUUUUGAAGCCAACGAUUCCGACGUUAUCCUCGCCACCCUUGCUAAAUCAGGCACCACUUGGUUAAAAGCUCUUCUCUUUGCUCUCAUUCACCGACACAAGUUCCCAGUUUCUGGCAAGCAUCCUCUUCUAGUUACCAAUCCGCACUCCCUUGUACCCUACUUGGAAGGAGAUUACUGCUUAUCUCCUGAGGUCAAUUUCGCCGAGUUGCCUUCUCCAAGACUCAUGCAGACGCACUUAACGCAUCAUUCUCUGCCGGUUUCUAUUAAGAGCUCGUCUUGUAAGAUUAUAUAUUGUUGUAGAAACCCUAAGGACAUGUUUGUUUCCAUAUGGCAUUUUGGGAGGAAACUUGCUCCAGAAAGAACAGCGGAGUACCCGAUUGAAACAGCAGUUGCAGCGUUUUGUAAAGGGAAGUUUAUUGGUGGACCGUUUUGGGAUCAUGUGUUGGAGUACUGGUACGAAAGCCUCAAAAAUCCGAACAAGGUCUUGUUUGUUACAUACGAGGAGCUCAAGAAGCAGACUGAAGUUCAGGUUAAGCGAAUUGCUGAGUUCAUUGGAUGCGGUUUUACUGCUGAGGAAGAAGUGAGUGAGAUUGUGAAGUUGUGUAGCUUUGAGAGUUUGAGUAGUUUGGAAGUUAAUAGACAAGGGAAAUUGCCAAAUGGAAUAGAGUCUAACGCUUUCUUUAGAAAGGGAGAGACUGGAGGAUGGCGAGAUACUUUGAGUGAGUCCUUGGCGGAUGUAAUAGAUAGAACCACUGAACAGAAGUUUGGAGGUUCUGGUCUCAAAUUUUCUUGUUGAAUCAAUCUUUAAGACUUGUUGUUAUGUUCUCUGUUUUCGCUUUCUUCAAUCUUGUGGCUUUGUUGGUUUUUUCCUUGAGGGUUGAGUUUUUGUUGGUCUUCUUCUUGUACGAAUAAAAUGGAUAAUGUUUGUGUUUUCUAAUUUCCACCC